UAUGACUUAUCAGGUGGUUUUGAGCAACGAGGAGGAGGGAAGUAGAGCGCUUUCUAUUGUAGUUACCAUAUUUCCAAACAACACAGAAACAGAGAGGACAGAUUCAUUUUUCCUCAUCUAGUGAGAAAAAAAAGGAAGUUGUUGAGUUAGAGAAAGUUGUCAGUGUCACUCAGAGUUUUACACCAUGGCAGGCGGCUCGGUAUCGGAGUGUAAGGAAUACUUGUUCAAAGUCCUAGUCAUCGGGGAGUUAGGUGUGGGGAAAACCAGCAUCAUCAAACGAUAUGUCCACCAGCUAUUCUCCCAACACUACAGAGCGACUAUUGGGGUAGAUUUUGCACUCAAAGUGAUCAACUGGGACAGCAAAACGUUGGUGCGGUUACAACUAUGGGAUAUCGCAGGUCAGGAGCGAUUUGGGAACAUGACUCGGGUGUACUACAAGGAGGCGGUGGGGGCAUUCGUGGUGUUUGACGUGACGAGGGGCUCCACGUUUGAGGCCGUGUCCAAAUGGAAACAUGACUUGGACAGCAAGGUGAAACUGGCCAAUGGGAGCCCUAUCCCCUCAGUGCUGCUGGCCAAUAAGUGUGACCAGAAAAAUGAGACCUCCAACAACACUUCCCUCAUGGACAACUUCUGUAAAGAGACUGGCUUCCUGGGCUGGUUCGAGACCUCGGCCAAGGACAACAUCAACGUGGAUGAGGCAGCUCGGUUCCUGGUGGAGAACAUCCUGCUGAAUGACAAGGGCCUGCCGUACGAGGAGAGCAACGGAGACCGCAUCAAACUGGACCAGGAGACGAUGGCUGCCGAGAGUAAGUCAGGCUGCUGCUAGCAGUGAGGACUCCUUCUGUGUCCACCCUCCGGCUCGCACCCCAGCCUGCCUCACACAGAAGGCCUAGAGGUCAAGGACUGGGUCUCCGAGCCCCCCCUACCGUAGCCCCCAUCUUCUGUCUCUACUAUCACAACAGGGGCUGCUGUUCAGGGAGGGUGUGAACCCAAUUCCUCACUCCAAGCUGUCGUUACUAUGGACUUCCUAACUUCUAACCCCCCCAUGCGGAAGGGGUACUGUCCAGGGAGUGGGUCCCGGCAGAUCUCAACCCACUGACUCUGGACCCUGCCAACCCCAUCCCAACACCCCACGUUUCCCCCCUCCUUGCCCCCUGACGUGAUCUAGUGCCCUCCCUGAUGCUCUGUGUUAUGAGGCUCUGGUUGUGGAAGACAGAGGAGCACCCUGAUGGAGGUGACAUUAGAUAUAGAAACUUACCCUCUUACCGUUACCAGUAUGUUCUCAUUGUUCUGACACUGUUGUCACAAUCACGCAUGUAACUGUCAUGUUUCAUAUGGUGCCAAGAGGUUUAAAAAGAAUAAUAAUGUUAAGGUGGGAACAAAGGUGGGACUAAGGCUGUGGUAUAACUAAUAUGUUUUUGUCUGUCUUUUAUCAUGAUGAUCUGUGUAAUGUUUGAGUGUUCUAGACAAUGCUAGUCACACAAAUAAGUCUUGAAAGAAAAAAAAUAAGAGGGUACCAUAGGAUAGAUCAGUUUUAAUAUUGCAGAUAAUUUGAUAGAACCUAAAAUCUAAUAGUUUGCAUAAUAUCUAAUCCCGUUUAUUUUUACCCAACACUACCACCCCUCCCCAGAUUGGAGUAAACUAACGGACAACAAUACUUCUACUGCUACUUACAGCUUUCACAUGUGCGGUGCAUGUAGUUAACUAAUUAUACAUAUUCCUAAUUUCCUCUUUCUGCAGUUGCUGGAUUUUCACUUGAUGUCUUUGUGAUAGAUGUACUCUUUUGUACUAAGAGGUGUAUUUUUUUAAACAUUGUGUUUGAUCAUGGAUGUAUAAUUCCUUGUGAGGUACAAAAAGCAUCAGGCAGGGGAGUGAACCAUCCCUCUGCCCAGGAAGUUGAGUAUCAUAGACAAGUGUAAAUGCUUUUUUAAAGUGCUGGGUCUAUCAAAUGUAUGUGACAUUAUACAUUGAAUCAACUACAAGAACAAAAAAUAAAACAUUUUAAUUGCA